GAUAUGCUUAUGCAUUUAUAAGGCCCCCUAGAAGAAAAAAGAGAGGAAGUGACGCAGUAAUAGCUGCGGGUCCGCUAAAACAGCGGAGGCAGCGAAUUCUACAGUCUCGAAGUGCCAUGUGAAUAUGUGAUAGAUCCCAAUCCCUUUACCACUUUGGCAGCACACACUUCCACUCGUUUGUUUCAGUUCUCUUUAGCCCAUAAAGCAAGUGCAAACUACAAAGCAUAAAAAUCCUUUACUAUUUUACCACACACCCUUUCUCUCCCCACCUUUUCUUUCUCUUCCCAAACACUAUAUAUUACUGUAUAGUUAGAUCUUAGGUUAGGGAGCCUCUGCCCCGUAGAUCUUGAAGGAAGCCAGUGUAGCUUGGCUUAGACAAUGGCUCAGUUCAUGUACUUCUGUUGCAAAAAGGUACUCUUUCUCUCUCUUCUUAUAUUCCUUUUUGUUUCUGUUUGCUUCAGUGCCUGGUCGGAACCUCAACUUGAGAGCACACGGUUGUCUAGUAGUAGAGGUAGUGGAAGAAAAAUGUUGGAGACCGAAAAAGAAGAGCAAGUGAAGCCCUUGAAAAAGAAAACCACCAGCCAAUCUAUCAAAAACCAGACCAAGCUAAUCAAGCCCAAUAGUCUUUCUUCAAAAAACCAAACCAAAACCAUCAAAUCCGAUAACAUCUCCUCCAAAAACCAAUCCAAAACCAUCAAACCCAAUAUUAUUUCCACCAAAAACCAAACCAAAACCAUGAAAUCCACUAACAUUUCCACCAAAACCAUCAAAUCCAAUAACCUUUCCUCCAAAAACCAAACCAAGCUAGUCAAGUUUAGCUCCAAAUCCAAUUCAUCUUCAACAACCACACCCGCCGACACUCGGCUCAAGAAGCUCAACUCCAUCACUUCCACCCCCAAGAUCAAGAAGCUGAUCGUCACAUCAAAACCCCAAACCAACUCCUCAAAACCGAGUUCAGUUUCCAUUUCAAACAAGAAAUCACUGGAUCUCGUUAAAGCAAGUAACAAAACUACAAAAGCCACCGCUUCCACCAACAAGGACAAGCAAAAAAACAAAACAACCAAGGUAGAUCAAACUCACGAGGCAGACAAGAAACAGAAGACAGCUAGCCCGAACCAACAACAGAGCAAGAAACCUACGAAACAAGCACCACCGAGUUGGAUUAUUGAAGAAGAAGAAGAGAACGAUGAUUUUGUUUCAGAGUUCAAAGAUCUACCCAACAAGUUUCACCGUACACUGAUCCCAGACCUCGAACGAAUCUCAACAACCUCAAGAGCUUACAUAACCAAAGCCAAUAAUGAGAUGACAAAAGGUUUCAAACCUUACGUUGGCAAAAAAUACGCACCCACCAUUGCCACCAUAGUUUCUUGUGCUUUCAUAUUGAUCCCUUUGCUCUUAGUCUCUCUCCUUUGCACAAGAAUCAAAGCCUACUUCUCCAUCCAGAAGAUCUUAAUCGUCAUCCAAGUCUACCUCUCAAUCUACUUCACCAUUCUCUGCAUCUCCUCGUUGGCCACUGGCCUUGAACCUCUCAAUUUUCUAUACUCUACUUCGCAGUCCACCUAUCUGUGCCUGCAGGUGCUUCAAACUCUGGCUUAUGUCUUCUAUCUGCUCCUCCUCUUGAUGUACCUUCUCCUUGUCUUCUCAACAGAAUGUGGGCUGGGCUCGAAGUUUCUGGGCCUGGCCCAGACCUUCGUGGGCUUUGCUGUUGGGCUCCAUUACUAUGUCACGGUAUUUCACAGGGUAGUGCUGCGGCAACCUCCCAAGACGAACUGGAAGGUCCACGGGAUUUAUGCCACGUGUUUUCUCGUCAUUUGUGUACUUGCUAGGGCUGAUAGAAGGAAAAAGGCUUACGUGGAAGAUGAUGGAGGAGAAGGCAAGCAGAAUUAGGCUACCUAUAUUAUUUUUAUUUUCAUUUGAUUCAAUUUAGAAAUUAAAA